AUGUCGAUCCCCAUCAACAUCCUGAUCGAAACCGUCAUCCGGAUGACCAUGGCAUGGACUGCCAUGAUGACGCUCUGCCAUCGUCCUCUCACCGAGGUCGAGGUCACCCCCCAUGCUGCUCGGGACCACGGCCAUACGAUCAUCCCAUGGACUCACCGAUUGUGCCUCUACCGGGACUUCCCGUACCUCCGCCUCUACCGCGGACCAUCGUCCUCGACGCGAUCCUGCCGACGUCGCUGA